CCGCACGACAUGGAUUUCCUUCGGUCCAUCGAAGAAGACCUCAACUUGGUCGAAGCCGAGACGAAGAAGAGGCUCCCAGCGGUGAAGGAUGCGGCUGAGAAAGGUAUAGAGAAGAUUGGGCAGAUUCGGCAGCUGUAUGCGCAGAUGCUGCGCGUGGAGGCGGCUCCCGGCCCGGGCAAUCCGAUUUUCAAAAGUGAUGCGAUCCUGCGGCCAUUCCUGCUCGCAUGCAAUCAUGCGACUGCAAGCCAAAAGCUUCUCAUUGCGUCCUUCAACAGCAUCCAAAAGCUCGUGUCAUGGGACGCCAUCACGAGCGAAGCUGUCGGCAACAUCCUCCGCGUGCUUCAGAUUCAAGCCGAGCGCAACAGCCACCAAGACAUCCAGCUCAAGUUGCUCCAAACGUUGCUGCAAUUGCUCACGCUAGCAUUCAACAAAGGAGACGAGCAAAUGACCAACGACGACUUGAUCAGCCAAGCAAUAUGGAUAUGCUUGCACCUGCAAAGUCAGAGUGGGAACGCGAUCACGUCCAACACGGCCGUCAUGACGCUGCGCCAGGUCGUCACCAUGGUGUUUGACAACGUUACAGCGCACCAGACGUCGAAGAAUGCAAACUUGGACGGGGCCAAGACGGUCGGGUUCCUCGUUUUUCAAGAUUUGUGCCUUAUGAGCCGAGAGGAGGCCGGCGUUUGGCUCAAGCGCACGACGUUCUCCAAGAUUCUCGGUAUAGAGUUGCUUGAGGCGGUGCUCACGUCCCACGCCGCGUUGUUCCGCAACGAUGUUGAGUUCCGCAGCAUGCUCAAGCAACACGCCAAGCAUUUGAUCAUUGCGAAUCUGUCGCCGUCGACGUCGUUUCCACUGUUGCUUCGCAUCAUGCGCCUCGCGUGCACUGUUCUGAGCCACUUCAGCGCGAUCCUCGAAGACGAAUGCAAUUCAAUUUGGCUGUGUCUGAUUGAGAUUGUGUCCACCGGGACAUUUGCUCAAACUGGCAGCGCCACGACCAAGGCCUCGACGCCACCGUUCCUUCACAUGCAACGGCGAUCCCAACACGAGUUGACCUCCCAGCUGCGAAGCACGCACGCGCUGUCGUCGUCUCCAAACCCUUCGACCUCCAUGUCAUCCCACAACUUGACCGCAUCGUCGUCCAACGUAAACUACGUGACUUGGCACGUCCUCUUGGCCAUGGAAGUCAUCUUCAAAGCGUGCGGCGAGCCAGAUGUCCUUCCCGCGCUCUCGUCGUACCCCAGCCAUUUACUUUUGGUGCUGGCCCGAACGAUCUCGGCGGUCGUGACGACGUCGCCGCCGUGCGAUUACCGCCCGGGCCAUGUCGAUGCCGCCGUCCCUUAUCGGUGCGGCCUCGAAUACCUCAACGAACAGGAGGCCCCGCCAAUGCAGCCAUUCUACAACGUUCUUCGCAUCUCGCUCUUGUGCCAGUACCAUCUUCUCACCGCGCUGUUCGCGAACGAGUGGAAGCUGAACCCUCUCCGUGUUCAGUACAUCCUGUGCUCCGUCGCGCCGUUCGUCAUGAAUGCCCUGCACUGCACGAUGCGGUUUUGCCGCGAAGCUGAACUCGUUACGGUGGCGCUCAAGGGCUACCAUUUGCUUACGAACGUGAACGCACACACACGCGCGCACGUGCCGCUUGAAGGGCGACCGAUCGGUGUCCUGGCCAUCCAAGCGCUGUGUGUGUUUUCGUUUCCGGUGCCGGACACGGCGACCCGGCUAGUCAAAUGCAUCUCGGGGACUGGGACGCACUUGACCAUGGAGAUAUCGGACGGCUGGGAUGCAUUCGCGGGGGACGGCACCGUGGACCAAUGCCUGCUCACGUGGAAGGAAAUGCACGCGAUGAAGACGCUGUUUCGCACGAUCCACACGAUGGAGCAAGAACUGAACGAAAUCGAGUGGCGGACGUUGCUCGAAGGGUUUGAAGUGAUUGUGGGGCUGAGCGCGCACAAGCAAAAGACCAAAGGCGUGAGCCAGCGCAUUGGAACGGGCCCCACUGCGGUCAAAGUCGAAGACGAGGAUGUCGAGCAGCAGCUUGUCAUGCUCGGCCAGUCCGUCUUGGAGUACUUUCACAACACAUCAGCGCUCCAAACGCCAGCGCUGCUCCGCAUCUUGCGUGCGAUUCGAUCUAUUUGCUAUGAGCAACUCAACCAGGCGACACCAGCGCUAGUCGUGGCUCCAUCGUCUGCAGACGGAGCUGCGGCGGCCACCAACGCUCCUGUCGUCGAAGACGACCUCCAGCAACUGCUAGCGCUAUGGUCACCGGACCAACAAAUGGCGUGGGAUGUCCUGACCUUGCCGUUUGCCCACCACUUGAAGACGUAUGACACGGCGCUCGGCAUUGGCAGCGGCACCACCAACUCAUCGUUUUCCCCGUCCUUUUCGCUGCGCAUGUUUGUGCAGCUUGCCAAGGCCAACGUGGAUACGUGGACAUUUGUGAUGGACGAACUCGUGGGGUUUGCCUGCCUUGCGGCCCUUCCGCCGUCGUCCGCCCCGUUCCAAACGUAUGCCACAGACGCAGUGUUCCAACUCGCCCAGGUCGCGCUGACGUCGAUGCGCGAGGCGCUGCCGCAGUCCAGAGUCGCCGGGUACGUCUUGCGUGUGAUACAAUCGGACCAGAUGAAAGAGCGCGCGCUGGUUGGGCUCCUGGACCUGCUGCAGACGACCGGCCACCUCCUCACGCACGACGCGUGGCCAUUGAUUCUCCAAGCGCUUGCCACGAGCGCCGAGUACGACGCGCGGUGUCAAGUCGUAGCGUUCAAAAGCUUGCGGCUGAUUGUGGACGACCUCGUCGUAAACAUGGAGAGUUCGUCCAGGCAGACGUGCAUUUCGUGUGUCGGGACGUAUGCGACGCAUGCAAACGACGUCAACAUUAGUCUCACGGCCGUCAACGAGCUGUGGACGCUCGCUGACACGAUCGCAAAAAAGGCGUCGGACGACGAGGUUGCGCUGUGGCCGACGGCAUUCUCCGAGCUCAAGCGAAUCGCGCUCGACAGUCGACCGGAAGUGCGCAACUGCGCGAUUAACACGCUCUUUGGGACCGCCAUCACCCACGGCGCCCAGUUCCGACUCGUGGAAUGGACGAUUUUCCUCCAAGGAACGGUCUUGCCCCUUGCCCAGCAACUGACCGCGGCAGCAGCAGUGGCUAUCCCCGACCCGAGCGCGCCGGCCGUGGUGGAUAUGGCGACUAGUGAAGCGCUGUCCACGCAGCCUCCGCCUUCCGUUGUCGUUGUACUCCAUCACUCACGCGACAGUGUAGCGAAGCAGUACGACGAGUCCCGCGUGCUCGUCCUCGGCGGCGUCAGCCGCGUGCUGCAGACCAACACGGCGUCGCUCCUGCUGCACGCAGACUGGUUUGUCCUGGUUUGGAAAGACUUGAUCGAGUACAUCUCUACGAGCUGCAGCGACAGAGCCAUGUCAAAGGAAGUUGUGUUGGCCGGGAUUCAAACGCUGCACACGCUUCUCCAGAUCGCGUCGACAUCAAGCCAGGAUUUGUCGACGGCCCCGCUGCGGGCGGGAGUAGGUAUGCGAGUCGUCAAUGGCGUGUGCACUACCCCCACGUCCGCCAGUGGUCGCGCGGCCCCUGCUACCACUCCCCCUACGACGACGAAGAAUCAAUCGAACCUCUUGAGCCGUGAUCCGCAGCUUUGGACGCAAGCAUUCGACUUGCUCCUGCGCCUGGCCGACGACCGUGCGGUCGGGACCACGGCGAUUGAAAACUCUGCGCAAGAACAGGACAUUGCGAGCGCCAUGGUGACGGUGUUUGUUUCGAUCUAUCAUCAGUCCAGGGAUACCGAACUGCACGACGUCGCCAAGGUGCACCGAAUCCUGCAAGUGUUUGGCAAGGCCAUGCACCGCUUUGUCCUGCAAACCAACAACACGCCGCUCGUCGUCACCACGAACAGCUUGCACGCGCGAAUCCUCAACAGCUACGACGAGUGCGGCUACUUUGACGAAGCCAUCCAUGUCGACAUGGUCCGCCAAGUCGUCGGAUUCGUGCGGCAAGCGUCUACUUCGACGACGCUGGUGUUUGUGCUGCGGCAUGCCCUGCAGUCGCUGGCAAAAGUGUAUGAGAACGUGAGUCCUGUGGCCCAAGCCGCCACGUUCGACGACGUGUUGGCUGCGAUUGCGCCGUUUUUUCAGACCAAGCACAACGUUGUCCCGGGCGCGGCAACGGCCAGCGAAAAGGCUGCGAUCACGAUGUGGAAGCACGCUCUCAAGGUGCUCUUGGCACUCAUUGGGUUCGGACUGCACACGGUGCCGCCAUCGUCGGCUUCAGCGUUAUUGGACGUCGUCGAGAUCGUGUUGAGGGCCCCACCCCAGCCGGUACCUGUUCCUGCGCCCGACUUUGACGAUGCCGUCGCGCUCGAGUUGUCGGUGCUGGAACGACUCGUCCUCGCGAUGAUGGUGAUCCAGUACAACGACGCCCGACUGACCAAACGAUUUGUGACUCUGCUGGAUUUGGCCGGUGGAGACGAUUCCCGCAUCGCGUCAGCCCGCAUCCGCCACAUGACAACGCUGGUCGGGCCGACGAAUCUGAACCGAUCGCUGCGCAACGUGUGCCGUGAGCAACUCAACACGGUGUUUGUCGACGCGAUCGAGGCAUUCCUUGGCGACCCGACUGGCACCCACCGAACUCGCGUGGUCGUGCUUUUGACGAGUCUGCAUCGGUCGCCGCAAACCGUCCUCGAAGUCUUUCCAUCGCUCUGCCGGUGCAUUACGUGCGACGAUGCCGAAGUUCGGGCCUUGAUCCAACAAAUUCUCCUCGAGUCAAACAUUGCAGCAGUGUGUCUGCCGCUGCUGCAGCAGCCACACGCACCGACCUCGGGACGAAGGCUCUAGCCCUGGCCCACAUGCGCGUCGAUCGCGUAUCUGGUGGUGUCGAGUACCAAAAAAAUCUCGACAACAGUUCCAAACAACAUGUACAGUUGAGUCGUUGGUUCGAGUGUUUUAAAGGCAAAGGAGCAUGGCCGCUGCACCGGCAAGGAUUGUCGUCGUGAGCCGGCUCCCGACCGCGUUGC